CCAGUCUGCUUUCUUGUAAAUUCUGCAAAAAAGUAAGCAGGAACUCAGACUAUUUAAAAAUGGCCGAAUUUCAGGAAACGAGCGUCGAUCGCAACGGAAAGACACGGAAAAAGAUGAAAAAGAAGGCCAAUAAGUCCCUAAAAAGUACCUCCCAAUCAACAACUUCUGAUACUGCUAAGCCUACACCAAGUGCUAGCAACAAAGAAGGUGACAAUUCUUUAAAUCAAAAGAAGAACAAGAUGAAGAGGAAAUCAGUCGCAGAAUAUUCCACACCAGGAGCCAAACUUCCGAAGAUAUCUGGAGACGGUGAAAACUCUCUGGAGAAGGACACACCUCUUGGCACACAAGAGCAGACAAGAAAAGGAACUAAGCGAGAAACUAAACAACAGAAGAAAUCCAGAACGGAGAUGGAAAAUGUGCAACACCGAUCCGGAGACGAAGAUGAUGAUGAACUGUAUGAUGAGGAAGAUGAUGAUGAACUGUACGAUGAAGAAGACGUUGAUGAAGAUGAUUUAGAGUGGGAGUCAGACGAGGACUCCAUGGAGGAUGGUGAGGAAAAGACGGAGACCAAGGAGGAGACAAGAAAAGCAGAUGAAGAUGAAGACGAAGAAAACAACAAAGAUGAAGAUGAAGACAUCGCAGGUUCCACAGAACAGACAGAAGCACAAGCGUCAUUGCCAGGCACAAGCACCAUCCUGACGGACACCAGUUUCAAGUGUUUGGAGGGUAAAGUGUCGGACCUGACGCUGCAGGGCAUUCAGGACAUGGGCUUCACCCACAUGACCGAGAUCCAGCACAGGGCCAUUCCAUACCUCUUGGACGGCAGGGACCUGCUUGCGGCAGCCAAGACCGGCAGCGGUAAGACGCUUGCUUUCCUCAUCCCAGCCAUCGAGCUCAUCUACAAACUCAAAUUCAUGCCCAGGAAUGGUACGGGAGUCAUCAUACUGUCCCCAACUAGAGAGUUAGCCAUGCAGACCUACAGUGUUCUCAAGGAGGUCCUCAAACAUCACUACCACACCUUCGGCCUGGUGAUGGGCGGCACCUGCCGGACGGCCGAGGCCAAGAAACUGGCUAAAGGAGUCAACGUGGUGGUGGCUACCCCUGGGAGGUUACUGGAUCACUUACAGAACACGGAGUCGUUCAUGUACAAGAACCUCCAGUGUCUGAUCAUCGAUGAGGCGGAUCGUAUCUUGGAGGUAGGCUUUGAGCCGGAGAUGAAGCAGAUCGUGCGUCUCCUCCCAAAGAGACGACAGACCAUGCUGUUCUCUGCAACCCAGACGAGGAAAACCGAAGAUCUAGCAAGAUUAUCUAUGAAGAAAGAACCAAUCUAUGUCGGUGUUGAUGAUGACAAAUUAGCUGCGACUGUGGAAGGCUUAGAACAGGGUUACGUGGUGUGUCCGUCGGAGAAGCGUUUCCUCCUCCUCUUCACCUUCUUGAAGAAGAAUCGGAACAAGAAGCUCAUGGUCUUCUUCUCGUCUUGUAUGUCGGUCAAGUAUCACAGCGAGUUGCUCAACUACAUCGACCUGCCGGUCAUGGCUAUUCAUGGAAAGCAGAAGCAGACCAAGAGAACACAGACCUUCUUCAAGUUUUGCAACGCGGAUAAAGGCAUCUUGCUUUGCACGGAUGUGGCCGCUAGGGGACUGGACAUACCAGAGGUCGAUUGGAUCGUGCAGUUUGACCCGCCGGAUGACCCCAAGGAAUACAUCCACCGAGUGGGCCGGACAGCCAGGGGGUUAGAGGGCAGAGGUCACGCCCUCCUCAUCCUAAGACCCCAGGAGCUGGGCUUCCUGAGGUAUCUCAAGCAAGCCAGGGUGCCCCUCAACGAGUUUGAGUUCUCCUGGACCAAGAUUGCCGACAUACAGUCUCAGCUUGAGAAGUUGAUCGAGAAGAAUUACUACCUGCACCGGUCGGGCCAGGAGGCGUACAAGGGUUACGUCAGGUCCUACGACUCGCACAGCCUCAAGCAGAUCUACGACAUCAACACCCUGGACCUGAAGCAGGUCGCCAAGUCCUUCGGCUUCAAAGUUCCUCCGGGCGUCGACCUCAGCGUCCACGCCAGCAAGAGAAUGCAGAAGAAGAGAACGGGGUUCACCCCUGCUCAACUGAGCCAGAAGAUGGCACAGAAGACCAAGAUCUACAAGCACAUCGGCGGUAGCAAAGACAAACGCCAGUUUGCUAGAUAGAGGGGCGGGGUUAGAGAAAUAGAGGGGGUUGAUGGCCGGAAUGUGGAUGGCGCUGUUCGCCAAUCCAUUCACACAAACUAUGCUUCAGAUGCUCCAGUUUUCUGAGAUCCAGAUUGUACACAACAGUUUUUUAGAUAUGAGGGAUCUGAAAGAAAACUUUUUCAUAUUUGGUUCUGUAAGUUUUAAAGUGAAGUUAAAAAUGCGCGCUAUAAAUCGUGUUAUUAUUAUUAUUAUUAUUAUGAUACGGGCCCAUCAAAGUUGGCCAGAGUACCAGACCAUUAAAGGAGUACAUACUGACAGAAUAUGUAUGAUACUCUUCAAAGAAGUCUGAAUACCAGACCAAUAUGGUGUCCCAUUGUCACAUUAUUUCUGUGUAUUCAAAUGGAGGCAUGUAACAGUAUGUGCAUUUAAUGACUUUUUGGAAAUCAAUUUGGUGACUUUUAUCUGACCUCACACUUAUGAUAUUGUCAAAGAAUUAAUGAAAUGAUUCAUUAAUUAUAGCCAAAUUAGGUUAAGCGAUAAUUGUCCCUUUUUGACAUUUUUAAAAGUAUUUUUGUUGCAUUCUCCUAAAUAUUUAUUCUGUUUUUCCUCCUUUUCUGAAUAUGACUUCUUAUUUUGGCCAAUAAAUUGUACGAUAGUGAACGAUACACUGUA